ACCCAAGUGAUUGGAACCGAACUGACUACCGAACUGACGACCGGGCUGCUUCCAGUCAUCAUGUUGAAGAUGGCCAUGGAUAGAGAUGAACAUGGCCAGCAUCGGAUCCCGAUCUUGAUGAACUACCUCAAGCUCAAGGUUGCGGACAGCAUCCAUCCUUUCCAUGCUAGCCAUGCUGUCUUCCGAAUAGAACUCGAAUAUGGUGAUAGACUACUCAAGUGGGUGAUUUACCGGGAGCUGCGAGACUUUGUCAACCUUCACGCAGCCUAUAAGGCUUCCAACAUUGUUUCUCGCAACUCCAAUGAUGUUUCGCUUCCUCCGUUUCCAAAAACUUCUUUACCGUACUACAAUCUUUUGAAGCGCGAAGGAAAAGCUGAGAACAAGGGUGAAUUUGCUAGGCUUCAAAGGGAGGGUUUGGAAGAUUACUUACUCAAGCUCACCAAAGCAACUAUGUUCGUUCCAGAGGCCAACCGGUUAUGCAAGUUUCUUGAAAUAUCGGCUCUCUCGUUAGCUCUCGCAAACCGAGGUGGAUUUCAAGGGAAACAGGGGUACCUUCGCAUCAUGUCAAGCGGCGCGUUUUCACGUCGUAAACGGGCUGGAUUCCACCCUGUGGAGUGGAAAGAACGACGAGAACCCAAAUGGUUCAUUGUCCGCGAGUCUUAUCUGAUUUGUGUGGAUGAACCCGACCAAACGGAGAUUUAUGAUAUAUUUCUGUUGGACGACGAGUUUCAGUUGAAACGGCCGACGAGGCUUCUUAAGCAAGGUAUCCAUUUAAUAGAUUGGCAUGACGCUAGAAAGCAGCAGCACUCUCCACCGAUUCCUCAAAGUACAUACGUCGACUCACCUGAAGAGAACAAAAACAAAGGCAAGAAUAAAAACAAAACUAAACGAAGGUCCAUGUCUGUGCCAACUCGCCAUAGUACAGAAAGCGAUCCUAAUGACCCUUCGGCUACGGAUCUUAUGGGGGCUGAUCCCAAACAUCAAAAUGCAUCUUCGCAUGUAUUUUACAUCAUCAAUUCAGAACGAGAAGUUAAAUUGACAGCAAAAAACGAAAGACAGAUGGAUCAAUUCAUCGCUUCUAUUGAGCGUAUGGCUGCACGAUCUAUCUGGUCAGGCAAAAACCGGUUCGACAGCUAUGCACCUAUCCGCAUGAAUGUCUCCGCUCAAUGGUUAAUUGAUGGUCGUGAUUACUUCUGGAACUUAAGUAAAGCCAUCUUGCUGGCAAAGGAACGGAUUUAUAUACAUGACUGGUGGUUGUCGCCAGAAUUGUAUCUAAGGAGGCCACCUGCUCUAAACCAAAAAUGGAGAUUAGAUAGAUUGCUCCAACGAAAGGCUAACGAAGGUGUUCAAAUAUUCGUAAUCGUCUAUAAAGAGGUAUCCAAUGGGUUUACACCCGUCGAGUCAGGUUAUACAAAGAGUCGCCUAUUAUCACUCUCACCCAACAUUCAUAUACAACGAUCUCCAUCUCACACUGGUACCGGGAAUCUAUUGUGGUCGCAUCACGAAAAACUUUGUGUCAUAGAUGAAACCAUUGCCUUCAUGGGUGGACUUGAUCUGUGCUUUGGGAGAUGGGACUCUCCUGGCCAUGUGUUGAUUGAUGAUGCCACAGGCGGUCUGGAUUUUGUUGAGAAUUUUGAUCGUCAGACCCAUGACGUUGAGGAUGGUCAAAUCUGGCCCGGAAAGGAUUAUAGUAAUCAACGUGUUUCGGAUUUCUUCAACUUGACUCGACCAGAAGAAGAUAUGUAUGAUCGCGAUCGUGUACCUCGACAGCCAUGGCAUGAUAUUGGUUUACAGCUCGUUGGUCAACCAGCACGGGACUUAUGCCGACAUUUUAUCCAGCGUUGGAACUAUCUGUUACGAACCAAGAAUCAUACUCGCCUGAUGCCUUUUCUGAUCCCACCAUCGGAUUUCACCCCGCAGGAGCUUUCUGAACGACGCAUCAUUGGUACCUGCGAAGCUCAGAUCUGUAGAUCUUGUGGGCCUUGGUCAAUUGGUACCCCUUCCAAGAUCGAACAUUCGAUCCAAACUGCCUACGUCAAAGCGAUCGAGCUAAGCGAUCAUUUUGUUUACAUUGAGAAUCAAUUCUUCAUCACCUCCUGUAUCGUCGAAGGGACCGUGAUCACCAAUCAGAUUGGGGAUGCUCUAGUGAACCGAAUCAUCAAAGCACACGCGCAAGGUACCCCUUGGAAGGCUAUCAUAAUCAUUCCUACUAUGCCAGGUUAUCCCUCCCCUCUCAAUGAAGAUGCCGCUGGUUCAGUACGUCUCAUUGUCGAAUGUCAGAACCGAUCGAUAUGUCGCGGAGAAACUUCGAUCUUCAGUCGAUUACGUGUCGAAGGGAUUGAUCCGAAUGAUUACAUCACAUUCUUCAGUUUGAGAGGUUGGGGUAAGCUAAAAAAUGGACAAUUGACAACUGAGGGCGUCUAUAUCCAUGCGAAGGCUAUGAUCGUUGAUGACCGGCUAGUAAUUAUCGGCUCAGCCAAUAUCAAUGAACGAUCUCAACGAGGUGACCGAGACUCGGAACUUGCUUGCGUGGUUCGUGAUACAGAUAUGAUAGAUAGUACUAUGGCUGGAAAGCCAUACAAGGUCAGCAGGUUCGCUCAUACAAUGCGAAUCAGGUUGAUGCGAGAACACUUGGGUGUUGAUGUGGACGCUCUCGAAGCUGAAGAAGCGAAUAUGGAACUCAUGGAGCAUCAAAAUCAAGUUCAUGAAGAGCGGAUGUGGGAUCCAGAUCAAGAACAGCGCCAAGAUUCCGAUGCACGACAAGGUGUUACACAUCUGGUAUCACACCGUGCCCGUGCAGCGGACGCAAUCAAAUCGCUUGGGAACGAUCUCAAAGAUAAGCUGACUAUCCAUCGUGGAGAAGGGGGUACGGAUCUUGGAGGCGAAAGUGCAGAAGGACCCACUCAAAAUUCAAACCGACAGACUACCAAGAAACUUGUGACUGAACAAGCCGAUCAAAAUCCUACCGUAGCACAGGGCAAAGAUCAAUCUACCGGGAACAAUGAUGAAGGUAAUGAUGGCGAGCAACCUACUUCAAAGCUUGUUGCAACUUUAGAGGAAAAGAUUGCAAAUGAAAAUCCAAUGGCUUCAGCUACGUCUGCUCAUGAUUCUCGCACACAGGGUUUACUGCAUCCUACAGGUGCUGGUGGUCGUGAACAGGUCAAUUCGGAACCGAAGUACUUGAAGGAUCGUACCAGCAAUAUCAGCUUUGCUAGUGAUGGGGAGCCCACUGCGUCAUCGUCGCAUAAACACCAAAGUUCCGACACUCUGACAGGACGCGCUCGAGGGCCUAGCGUAUCGGUCAGUGAGCAUCACAGCUCGAGCCGAGAUCGGGCCGAUGUCUCUUCACCGCAACCCGAUUCCAAUCGUCAAACUCCUCAACUAUCAGGUCAUCUACCCUCUCAUCUUAAUACACCUCAUCAGAGUCAUAUCAAUCAUGAUUUCUUGAACAGUCCACCUAUCGCACCCAGUAGACAUCUAUCAAAAAGAGCCAAAGUAAACCCAUCUCAAUACACCAUCUCAGUACCACCAGUAGAAAUUGAUCCCAAUGGAUUUGAAGAUCCAUUAGUAGAUUCAUUUUUUAAAUCAGUUUGGCUUACUGUCGCUAGUCGAAAUACACAAAUUCUUAGAAAAGUAUUUAGAUGUGUACCUGAUGAUAAUGUUAAGACUUGGCAAAAUUAUAAAGAAUAUCAAGCAUGGGAAAAUCGACAUACGAAACCAGUUAGAGAUCGAUCAUCUAGUGUGACAGAAAUGAUGGGUGGAUCAGAUGAAGGUGCAGGUACAGGUCAUAAUGGUGUAGGUAAUAAUGGUGGAGAAGCUAGUGCGUUUAGUGGAACAAGUACUUUAAGUCAAGUUGAUAGAUCAACCACAUCUGAAGGAUCGAAUAUAAAAACACCCAAUACUGGAUCGGAAUUUCCAAACCAUUCUGAAAUGAAUACACAUUCAUCUAUCAUUACUAAUAAUACAACUAAACCUAGAAAGAAAUCGAUUAGUAAAGCAGAAAAAAAAGCUAACCUUGAAGAAGGUUUUACUCAACUCGAACGUGAUCAAAUGGAAGAAUUCUUAAAAGAAGUUCAAGGUCAUUUAGUUUUGUUUCCUACUAGGUUUAUGGAAACUGAAGAUUUAAAUAAUAAUUUCUUAUUUCAAAAAGAUCGAAUUCCUCCAUUAGCAAUUUAUGAUUAAUCUUUUCUAUCAUCUUAUGUUUUUUUGCUGUAAAUAUUCUAGAAACCUGAUUGACAAUUUUCAUUUUGGACUGUAUAUGAUAAAUUGUUAAAGAAUUUCUUAAGCAUCACUUUUUUUCCUUUUUUAAGUAUAUGGUGCUGGCUAUAUUAAGUUUUUUGGACAAUGUUGAUUUUCAUCUUCUUUCAGAGUUCCUAGUGCAACGAUUAAACCUUUCAUCUUUUCUUU